CGCGGUUUGCUGGGAGUUUCCCCUUAUGGCAGCCCGGAUGACAUGCGAUCAACAAAGAGGCCUCGUGUUGACUCUCUUUCGCCUACGGUCGUCGUCACUCCCGGCGUUGCAGUUGUGCAUUCUCCGUUGCCGCCUUUGUUGUCGUCUCCAUCGCGCCGUCCAUACACUCCGGUACACCCUUUGUUAGAUUUCGAUGCGUUGUGUUUUCCUUUGCUGUCACCGCCAUUGCAACCUCGCCGUUUGCAGUUUCUUUCGUGUACUGCGCAGCCAUUUCCUCCUUCUCCACUUUUCGUUGGACGCGACGGGUUGGACUCCAUCCCCCUGGAGGGGUGUUCUCAAUCAUCAGGAGUGGUGUUUGGAAGUGGAGGGUCCACGCUGCGUGACGGAGGACGUCGGAGUGUAGAACCGCGGGUCUCACAUUCGUUCGCCGCAUCAGGUCAUGGGCAGGGGGGUGUAUUGGAUGAUGCACGUCGUGCCUCUGUCCGGGACACACAUGACCGUAAUUCCGCCCCUCGCUCUCUCGUCUCCCGGUUCGACGAGGAUGACAUUGUGUGUGGUAGCGGAGAUGGGCUCGGCCGUUGCGAUCCUGGCGCUCAAAAUCUUGGUGCGGGUCGUUCUGAACACUCGGGCGGGUCCUUGGGGCAACUCGGUUCGCAGUCAACUGGUUCCGCGAAGUACUCUCGUUUGUUCUUGACUACCGCUUGCAAGGAAAGACUGCGCCUUUUACAAUUUGCGAUGAAAUACGUGAGCGACAAGUCUGGGGUCAUGAGCGAUGUCGUCGACCGACUGUUGCAUUGGUCAUUGCCAGCCAUCCGGUCAGAGUUUGGGGACGGUGUGGCGUUGAGGAUCGAGAGAACACUACCGGUCGGCAUUCGUGCAGAUGUGUUUCGUCUCGGAGCAGGAGGGGAUGAUUCGACCGCGGACGCUGAGGAUGAUGGUGAGCGUGAGGGUGAAGGGAGCGGUGGAGGCAAUGGCGGGUCAUUUUGUGGGUCGGAUGAUUCACUACGGCGUUCAGGGCAUGGGUCACAGCGUGGGCGCAGAUCGCGCGGGCGGCCACCAAGCCGUGGUAGGUCUCGUUCGCGUUUCGAACAUGUACGUCCUUUGUGCUGGGACGAUUCGAAGGAUGGUGCUUUGCAAAUCGGACCUUGCAAUAAUCGGUCUAAACAUGUGUUGAAAUCGAUGGGGCGCUGGGGAGGCUCGGAAGCGCUUAAUGUCGUCUUUGUGGAGCCGGUGAAGCUGCUGCAGUUGCUCGGGUUGUUCGAUUUGAGUUGCCCGCGCCACGGGGGCGGUUGUGCUGUGGAUGUGUCCUCUGUCGGUUAUCCUGGGCAUAUUUGUCGCAUUUCGCUCGCUUGUAAGAAGUCAUGUCGUUGGACAUGGCACAGUGCACUAGUUGGGGGAGUUGUGUACUCUUGCAGACUUCAGCAGCAGUUGUUCCAUGCGACCGUCACAGCGGGUAUGACAUAUACCGUCCUCAACGACUUCUGCAUCGCGUUUCGGGUGACACUUGUGCACAAGCCCACUUUUUACAGUUGCAUGCGAGAUUGGGCUCGACGCCUUCUCGAGUACGACGACUGUGAUGCGUCGGGCGAGGUCGGGUCCUCGACACCUUCUCUGCCUCGCGAUCGUUUUUGCAGAAGCGAGGAUACCAUUGCCCGUGACGAGGACGAUGUUGCUUCAGGUGCGGAUCCCGACGUUAUGGGGGAUGACGAUGUUUUCAUCAUUGGUGAUGGGGAUGGGUUGCCUGGACCGGCGGAUGCCAUGUUCGAUCGAUCAUGCGAUUCUCUAUCGGACGCAGAUGAUGUCGAGUUGUUCGACGAAUGACAUUAUGUUAUGUCGUAGUAUCUUGUACAUGCGACUUUUAUGUUUGUUGCAUUUUCAGUU